ACGUAUGUCUACUUGUGUAGGAAGCAAGCCGAACGUGGAGCCGAUGCCUAGGCGUACGAUAGGACACCUCUGGGGUGGCGAUGCAGAGUUUUCACCCUCCCCUCUAUCGAAGCUCUCGUUAACUGAUGGUGUCUACAGUGCCUACAGCGUCACCAAAGUCAUUGGCGGUCAAUUGGAGGACCUCAAACAGCGUGGUGCUCGCAGCCUUUGCCUAGGAGACAGCAUUCUCAUGGCGGUCAAGUGGAGGACCUUAAACAGCGUGGUGCUCGCAGCCAUCGACAAUGCCUGUAGGCGCCCAUCGGCACGCGAGGAAGCCCAAAGCUCCUGAAGGGAGAUGGUCACAGCCAGCAUGGUGGGGGUAAUGGAGCCGUCCGCCGGACAGGCAGAGGGAGGAAGGACGACAGACCGGAUGAUUUCCAAGCAGAUGCAAUCCCGAUGACGCGCUGCGAGGCGACGACGCCUGACCGACCCGGCUACAACACGACACGCAGGGUGGACACGAGUGCUGGGGCAGCAGCUGGAUAUACUUGAGGACGGGCAUAGCAGGCAGAUGGGAGGAGGAAGAUGGAUGCUCCAUCUUGGUUAGUGGGAGGGAAACGUCGAAGUAUGCUGCCUGGCUA